AAAUAAAUUUGAAUCGUCAAGCAGCGAACAGUGCGUGUGGUUCGCGCGUCGUCGUCAUCCCAUUGCGCUGCGGCGAAUAUCAUUGCGUGCGUUUAUUUUCGUGUCACGGGAUCGUGAGUGAGGAAUACCGAAGCGUGGAUCGCACACACAACAAACGGUGGCAAAGAAGGCGAUGCUAAAUAUCAGUGCGUAAAAGCGCGUGUAGAAAUAUUAAUCCAGCCGAGUGAUGAUGAUUCACAAUCGGAGAACAAAUUAGUGGUGAUCCAGCUAGAAAAAAAGUUUAGUGCAAUUUAGUUUAGUGCAGCUUUUGGGGCUAGUUAUAGGGCGAAUGGGUGUGAUAGUUGUCAUUUUAGGGGAAGUGUAAACAUGAUCGGCUACCGAGAAGCGAUAAAGGUUUAGUGAUGUGAUAAGCAGUCGUGAAAAUAGUGUAGUGAGCAUCGUAUUAGUUAAAAAAAAGGGCGCCAAGUGUGAAUAGUGUUAAGAAGAAAGAUUCGAGAAUUCAAUCCACUAGCUUCAAUUGGGCGUGCUGUGUGUGUGACGUGCCGAAGAAAGAAACCAUGCUGCAGCAUCCAACGACCGAUUACUACGAGCUAUCGGUGGCCACCAAACAGACGCCCCCAACGUUCAGUCCACAGGGAGGCGGCGGCGGCGUUGGUGGUGGUGGUGGUGGCGGCGGAGGAGGUGGUGGUGGAACGGGAGCAUUAGUAAUUAACAGCAAUAACAACAACAACAGCAAUAGUGUGAAUAAUAACAACAACAACAAUAGUAGCGCCCCGAGCGACGCCGAUCUGGAGCUGAUUGCGCAGAACGGUACGAACGUCGGGUCGGCAGCGGAUCGAGAGUCGUUGCCAAGCUUUGGCUUCACCCAGGAGCAGGUGGCAUGCGUUUGUGAGGUUCUACAGCAGGCGGGCAAUGUGGAGCGAUUGGGACGAUUUCUCUGGUCCCUGCCGCAGUGUGAUAAGCUACAGCUGCACGAAUCCGUCCUGAAGGCGAAGGCGGUAGUCGCGUUUCAUCGCGGCAACUUCAAGGAGCUGUACCGGCUGCUCGAACACCACCAAUACUCACCGCACAACCAUGCCAAACUACAGGCCCUAUGGCUGAAAGCACACUACGUCGAGGCCGAAAAGCUUCGUGGACGACCACUGGGAGCGGUCGGUAAAUAUCGCGUACGGCGCAAAUUCCCACUGCCUCGCACAAUCUGGGACGGAGAGGAAACGAGCUACUGUUUUAAGGAAAAAUCAAGAUCGGUCCUGCGCGAUUGGUACACGCAUAAUCCUUACCCAUCGCCGAGAGAAAAGCGGGAGCUGGCCGAAGCGACCGGAUUAACGACGACGCAGGUUUCGAAUUGGUUCAAGAAUCGACGACAGCGCGAUCGGGCAGCUGAGCACAAAGACACGGGCGAAUCGGACAAGCAGCAUCUGGACUCGUCAAGCGAUUCCGACAUGGAGGGCCCCAGUUUGGCUUCGAUGGCUUCCGGCAAUGGUGUGGGCGGUCCGGGUGGAGUGCUACAUUCCACUUCCGGUGGUGGAAUCCAUCUCGGUACGAGUGGUGGUACCCUAACGUCUACCGCCGCCGGCGCAGGAGUCACGGCGGGUGUGCUGGGCGGAUCAACUGGUGGUCCUGGCGUUGGCGUGGGGCUUGGUUCUGGGUCGCUUGACCAUCACCAGCAUCAGCACACCGGUCACACGCAUCCACAUGCACACCAUCAAAGUUCGGCUCAUGCGCACACACCGGGAGGAGGACAACAGCAGCAGCAGCAGCAGCAGCAGCAGCAACAAGGACAAGCGCAUUCCCAUGCACACCACAACCAUCAGCAGCAACAGCAGCAACAGCAGCAACACCUACACCAUCACCACCAUCAUCACCAUCAACCCCAACCGCUCGGUACGCGGAAUGGCAACCUGAUGAACAUUGGGACCGGUGUCGGCAGCAAAUCCGGCACCACGAUCGGAUCGCUGUCGGCGGCCGCUGCCUAUUCCCACUUUCACAACGUCAUGGGUUCGAUGCCACUGUACGACAUCGGUGAUUAUCAACACUUAUGAUUUUAAGCCAGCCAGCCACUGGGGAUCCUUUUGCCCCGGGGAGGCCAUCGGGAGGGAUGGCAAAAAGGAAAAAGAAAAAACGGGGAGGAGUUAUUGCUAGGCUGUUAUCCUGGGGAAAAUUCAGGUGGCAAACGCUGGGAAACGCAGGCGCAACGUGCCCUCGAACCGUUUUUUUUCGCUAGUGCAAAUACUAAUGAUUGCAUAUUAACUCAAUUCUGCCAAUUCGGGCGGGCGUUGUUGGCGUUUCAUUUUCUACGUGUAAUCAAAAGUUUUACCCUCCUAAGAAUAGUGUAUUUAACUGAAGAAUGAACAAUGCAUAUACUAGAUCAACUUACACACGAA